AUGGAAACCUCAAUUGUUAAAGUGACAAAAGGUCUCACUAAAGCAGCAGACUGCCGAGACGACACCAAACUCCUGAUGCAGCCGUAUGCCAACUGGGAGGAGUACCUGACACCAGCACCAAUGUCCAUAGCCAUUUUGGGAGAGCUGAUCUUCAUCUCCUCCAAGACAGAUUUUUCUGUUCGUAAAGGGGGCCCAGACGGUGGUUUCAAAUAUGCCAAAUACCCUGACUCAUUCCGUGCUUGCCUCAUGCAAGUGUGCAAUUCUGGGUGGCGUGCAUUCAAUGAGGCACACAAGAAUAUGGACCAGAUUCGUCUCUACACCAACAGUGUACCAAACUACAUCAAGACGGCAGUGAAGAUACUUCUCCAGGAUGAUGACAACCUUGUGCAGGCCAUGCUCCCAGACCAGCUGGAUAACAUUAAGAACAUAGCUGAUGACUGCCUGCAACUGGCUGAGUCAACAGAGGAAAGGUUCACUGAGGUCAUUGAACUCAUCCAUGAGCUCCUUGAAAGUUGCACCAGUGCAAAACAGGUGUAUGGGGCUGAACUGGAGGAAGUCAGAAAGAAGAUUGACGAAUCAGAACUAAGGCAAGCAGCUUCAGAGGAGGCCAACAAACGUGCCGAGCUGGCCUUCAAUAACAUGAGCAAGCAGCUGGAGGAGGCACAGGAGAGCUUCAAAACAUCAAUGGCCUCAAUGCCAGAUGGCUGGACAAUUAUGGGAAUGGAUUUUGCAGGAGCAAUGGCUGACAGUGUCACAUCAGUUUUUUCCGGGAUUGCAUCCAUAAUUACUGCCCCAGUGGCACUUCCUAAAAAGAUAUAUAAUGAUAUUGGGAAGACCAUAUCUUCUUCAGGCUCCAAGUCUGCAGGCCAGAUGGCCUCAGAUAAUGCCCGCUUUCGAAUAGAGCAGAGCAGAGCCCAGCUUGACAAAGUGAGGGACAUAUAUGAGAAGUGUGCUGACAACAUGGAGAAAAACAGGAAAGAGAUGACUGAAAUUCUUGUCACCAUGAGAAACUGUAAAGUCAAAGAGAUAGGCUUCUCCGAAACCAUAAAAAUUCUGUCUGAGGGUCUUCAAGCGAUGGGAAAGGUGAAGGAGCAGUGGCAGAAGCUGGUGCGCUUCUUCCAGAUGGUUUCCAACCUCAUGAAAACCAGCCUGACCAAGUCCCUGGAAGAUUUCGCUAAAACAGGUGAGAAGGCAUCCAACACAACAUUGAAAUACUCUUCAAAAAUGUUUUUGAAAGACAUGAUCUACAGCCAGGCUUUCUAUGCGUCCAACAUUGCCAGCCUGGUUAAUAUGAUCGCAGGGACAUACACUGAGGUGUCUGACAAGUAUCUGAUGGAUCCAGUGAGCAGAUUGAGCAAACUCAUGUGUUUGGAGGUCGGAAACACAGAGUUCGACAGUGAGCGAUUACAAUUUGCAGAUUCCUGUGAGGUAGCUGAAAAAGGAAUAAGAAAUCUUGUGAUGAAAAAUAAAGAUAACUUUGAAAGGAAGACCAUGCAAAGGCUGGAGAAAAUCGAGAGUGGGCUGAUGGCUGUGCUACCUCCAGAAUCAGAAGAGAAGAAAAGGGAAAUUCAGGAGGCAGUUGAAAUCGCAUCCAAGGAAGAUGAGGAAGAAGAUCAAUACGCUUGAAGGUGCCAUGGCAACCUGAACAACCUGAAGAGCAGCGAGCAAAUAAUAUAUCCACAUGUCUUGACUCCUGAUUUGGACAUAGUCCUAAUUCAACAGACAAAUUACAGUUCUUAAAUACAAAUUGUGUAUGAUGUUUAAAUCAUGUCAUCUUUUUGUCCCAGUUAGUUUGUGGUGUGCCAAAUAAGAAUAGAACAGUUUAAGGCAUCACCUUAAUGAUUAAGUUUAUUAUUAGGAAAAUUCUGCUCCAUGGAUCAGAUACUUUUCAUUUUAGUAAUUUAUUACUUUUAGUAAUUCUGGCUUCUGCUGUAGUUUGUGAAUGUUUAUGCCCUAUUCUUCUCCCUCACAGACAACUCAUAAUGGUUAAGCACAUAUAAAGCCCCAGCCAAGUUCAGUGGAAUAGAAUAAGUGUGGGUUUACUCAAUACAAUUCUGCACAUAAACUACAUUCACCUUUUUUGAAAUAGGUUUCAA